AUGGCAAAGGAGCCCACCCCAUACCCAGUCCCCACCCUACCAGAAAAGGACCCAGAGCUUUGUUACUUCUUCUGGAAUGGUCGUAAAGAUUGUCCGCUUAUGGAUUUUCCCUCGAGGUUUUGUUGCCUAAGGGUCUUCGAUCGGAAACAGAACAGGAAGAAACAGUCAACGUGGAGAAUAUUCUCAUUGAAGGAACUGCAUUCUGCUACAAAUAAUUUUAAUUAUGAUAACAAGCUCGGGGAAGGUGGAUUUGGCAGCGUUUAUUGGGGCCAACUUUGGGAUGGAUCUCAGAUUGCAGUGAAGAGAUUGAAGGUUUAUAGCAACAAAGCAGAGAUGGAAUUCGCUGUUGAGGUGGAAAUUCUUGCACGCGUUAGACAUAAGAAUCUUCUAAGUUUACGUGGUUAUUGUGCAGAAGGUCAAGAACGUUUGAUUGUGUAUGAUUACAUGCCUAAUCUCAGUUUGCUCUCACAUCUUCAUGGACAACACUCUGCUGAAUGCCUUCUUGAUUGGAAUCGACGAAUGAAUAUUGCUCUUGGGUCCGCAGAAGGAAUCCUAUAUCUUCACCACCACGCGACCCCACACAUAAUCCACCGCGACAUUAAAGCAAGCAACGUGUUGCUAGACGCGGAUUUCAACGCCCAAGUAGCCGAUUUCGGAUUUGCAAAACUAAUCCCGGAUGGAGCGACCCAUGUAACCACACGGGUCAAAGGGACUCUCGGAUACUUGGCACCAGAAUACGCGAUGCUAGGAAAAGCAUCUGAAAGUUGUGAUGUUUACAGUUUUGGAAUUCUUUUACUUGAACUUGCUAGUGGGAAAAAACCGAUUGAAAAAGUAAAUGCAACAAGAAGAUCGAUCACGGAGUGGGCUUUGCCAUUGGCAUGUCAAAAAAAGUUUAGUGAGAUUGCGGAUGUGAAAUUGAAUGGGGAUUAUGUGGAAGAUGAGAUGAAAAGGGUGAUUCUUGUUGGGCUUAUUUGUGCGACAAAUCAAGCGGAAAAAAGGCCAACGAUUCUUGAGGUUGUUGAGUUGUUGAAAGGGGAGGUGAAGGAGAAGGUUGUAGCUUUGGAGAAUGAUGAAAUGUUUGUUGAUUAUAAUGAUGGGGUGUCUAUUGCUGAUGAUAGUAGUGAGUUUAUUUCAGAGGAGAAAGAACGAAAACAAGAGAUUGAGAAGAGCAUCGUAAUUCUUGUCAAUUUCAAAGGUAAAAUGGCUGACCAAGGAGGAACAGAGGCAUCAGCACCUGCUGCUUUUGAUUAUAUGCUCUAUGAAGGGGAUCCUGAUCAUCUUCGAACAGUUGUAGCAACACCAAGUCAACCAAAUCCUCAUAUUGACUCUUCACUGUUGAAACUUAAGCACAGAAUUGGACAUGGACCUUUUGGUGAUGUCUGGUUAGCCACCCACCAUCAAUCAGGACAUGAUUAUGAUGAGUAUCAUGAGGUUGCCAUGAAGAUGUUACAUCCAAUAAAAGAGGAAGACAUGCCAAAGUUUCUUGUUAAGUUUGAUGAGUUAUUCCUCAAGAUCCGUAAACUGCAAAGUGUUUGUUGGUUGCAUGGUAUCUCCAUCAUAUCCCAAAAGGCCUUUCAACAUAUAUGCAUUGUCAUGAAGUUUUAUGAAGGAUCAGUGGGUGAUCGAAUGGCAAAACUUAAAGGGGGAAAACUUCCAUUGCCUGAUGUAUUGAGGUAUGGUGUGGGGUUAGCUAAAGGAAUCCAUGAAGUUCACUCAUUAGGAAUCUUGGUGUUAAAUAUCAAACCAACUAAUCUUCUCCUUGAUGAACAUGAUCAAUUGUUUCUUGGAGAUUUUGGGAUCCCAUAUCUUCUUCUUGGAGUCCAACUGCCUGACCCUGAUAUGUCUUUUAGGCUUGGAUCCCCAAACUACAUGGCUCCAGAACAAUGGGAGCCUGAUGUCAGAGGUCCUAUAAGUGUGGAGACUGAUAGUUGGGGAUUUGGAUGCUGCAUUUUGGAGAUGUUGACUGGUGGUCAACCUUGGUUUGGUAAGUCUGUUAGCGAGAUAUAUAAUUCUGUUGUGUUGAAAAAAGAAAAACCACAGCUUCCAAGUGGUCUCCCUCCUGCUAUUGAAAAUGUUCUUAAUGGAUGUUUCGAGUAUGAUCUUCGUAACAGACCUCUCAUUGGAGAUAUUCUGCAAGCAUUCGAAAGCGCGCGUGACACGGUGUCCAAUGAUGGAGAAUGGAUUGGUGUAGGAAACAAAGUGACACUGAAUAGAACAUCCGGAAGCUUCUACUCAACAUGGUUUCUCACAAAAGAUGUUCUACAAGUGGGCGAUAUCGUCCGAUCACGAAAAACACCAAACAAUUGCAAAAACAUGGCGGUGGCUGAAGGAACAAUAGUCGGUUUGGAAAAAGACACCGAUCGAGAUGGUUUUGUUCUUGUUCGUGUCCAAGGAAUCCACAACCCGUUAAGAGUAAACAUCACCACUCUAGAAAGAGUCACUUCCGGCUUAGCCUCCGGAGACUGGGUGCACUUAUCAGACGAGAACCGGAAUCGGAAUCACUCAUCCAUCGGAAUUCUACAUUCCAUAGAUCGUGACGGAAGUGUACGUGUCGGUUUUAUCGGACGCGAGACUCUAUGGAAAGGACACUGUGAACAACUCCAAAUGGCGGACCCGUAUUCCGUGGGACAGUUUGUGAAACUGAAAGGGAAUGUGUUAAGUCCUCGGUUUCCGUGGUUACAUAAACGGAAUGGAAUAUGGGCGACAGGUAGGAUUACAGAAAUACUUGCGAACGGGUGUCUUGUUGUGAAGUUUCCGGGGAGGUUUGUUUUUAGAGGUGAAAGUGAUACGUUUUUGGCUGAUCCGAGUGAAGUUGAGCAUGUUUCUUUUGAAACAUGCUCAACUUUGGUUGACAAGUUUGGACAUGUGGAGGAUUAUCAUUGGGCUGUGAGGCCGUUGACUAUUGUGUUUGGUGUACUUACGGCUUUGAAGGUUGGGUUUGUUGUGGGCCAUAGUGUGGGUGGUAGAUUGAAGAAAGGUGGUUCCAGGAAGACUCAUGGUGGUGGCGGUGGCGGUGGCGGUGGUCAGGAUGGGCAGAAUAGUGGCGGCAAGUCCAAGUGGCUUCCGUCGCCUGUGGCGAAUAUGCUAUCUAGAGAAGGUAGUGCACCUCCUGUUGCAGCCAGAUGAUGUUAUAAAUAGGUAAAAAACUAUUUGAGAUGUUCAAAAUCACCAUUGUUUUUAAAAAAGUUACUAUAAAAAGGUAAGCAACUUAAAUGUUUUGUUCAUGAGGGACCUCUGGAAAACGUUUCAGUUGCUUACCUUCUGAUAGUACUUUUUUAAAACGGUUAUGUUUUGUACAAAAACAAAUAGUAUGUUGCCAUUUAUGAAAAGUUGUUUAUAUUGUGAAUAAUGAAUAUAUGAAUCCUGUUGUAUUUCCAAUCAAAUGUAUUCUUCUAUUUCACCUAGACUAUAACAUCCUCAAAAACUGGUAUUCGGGCAAAACCGGAUUAAUAUGGUUAAGCUUGAAACAAGGAAGUAUGGGCAUUAAUUUGCAUGCAUUGUGGCUUGUGGGGUUGUACAGUAUAGUACACUAUAAUCGAAUGAUAAGGGAUG